CGCUUCGGCUCGCGCUGUCCGGCCCCGCCCUCGCCAAGAUGGCCGCGCCCUGGUUGGGUACGCCUGGUCUCCAGGUCCUGAGUAUGAGUUCGCGUCCCGGGAGAUUGUUCACUCCUGGCUCCAGGUCGUUUUGUUCCAGCGCUACUUCCUCUAGGCCCCUGAAUGCUCAGAGAUUGGCAGAGAAGCUCCGAGCCCAGAAACAAGAGCAAAAGGCAAAGAAAGUGCGGGUGCCUACAAACCCCGUUCAGCGGAGGGUGCAGGAACUAGUGCGAUUCACACAGCAGCUACAGCGAGUUCACCCCAAUGUGCUUGCUAAGGAACUGAGCCGAAGGAUUCUCCACCAGGACAACGACCUUGUGGUCAUUAAUAAACCCUAUGGCCUCCCCGUCCAUGGUGGCCCUGGAGUCCGGCUCUGCAUCAGUGAUGUACUGCCCAUCUUGGCAAAGAUGCUUCAUGGCCACAAGGCAGAACCUUUGCAUCUGUGCCACCGUCUGGACAAAGAAACCACAGGUGUAAUGGUUUUGGCUUGGGAGAAAGACAUGGCACAUCAAGUCCAGGAACUGUUUAGAACCCGCCAGGUGGAGAAGAAGUACUGGGCCAUCACUGUGCGUGUUCCCUUGCCCUCGGCAGGAGUUGUGGAUAUCCCCAUCAUCGAGAAGGAAGUGCCUGGGCGUCAGCACCACAAGAUGACGCUGUCCCCAAGUUACCGCCUAGACAAUGGGAAAAUGGUGAAGGUACGGGCCAACCGGGAUGCACAAGUUGCUGUAACUCAGUACCAGGUGCUUAGCAGCACUCUCUCCUCUGCCCUUGUGGAGCUGCAGCCUGUUACCGGAAUAAAACAUCAGCUCCGAGUUCAUCUAUCCUUUGGGUUGGAUUGCCCAGUCCUUGGUGAUCACAAGUACUCAGACUGGAAUAGGUUGGCUCCUCAGAAACUUUCUGCUGGCAUACUGAAGAAGCUGGGGCUACAGCAGACAAAGGCCCGCUACAUCCCCCUUCACCUGCAUGCCAGGCAGCUCAUCCUGCCUGCUCUGGGCUCCGGGACAAAGGAAAUCCUCCUGACCUGCAAGCUUCCUCAUUUCUUUGUACGCUCUCUGGACCGACUGGGUUUAAAUAUACCAAAUUAGGAUCAAAGCUGGGGCAAUGAGGCCAGGCAUGUAGAAGCACAGUGAAGACUGUUGGGCAGUUUGUCACCAGAGCUCUGCUGUAUUUAUUUCAUGGAUUCUCUAACUUCUCACUUGGAACAAGAGCCUGUCAAGAGCCAGGUGAGGUAAGUUGAAAAAACUUGGCCACUUCUGGACUUUUAAUGGAGAAUGAAGUCUUAUUUAUGACAGUCGGGCUGUAAUGUGGGGAAGCCUGCUGGAAGUCUCCUCCAUAGGUAGCUUUGCCAGGAUGGAGAAGAGCCUAGGAGGCAGCAGAUUGAACCAGUAAAGGAGAACCAAAGGAUGGAAUAUGCGUUCAGGAAUAUCCUCAUCCAACAGGAAGAAGAGCUGAGCUAUCAGGAGUGCUCCCUUGGAAAAAUGUCUUGGAUAAACAUGUAUCACGGACCCAGGGGUUUGGUCAACCAGAAUAUGGGUGCUGUACUACCCUAGCAGUGACCCUGUGAAAGGGUUGUUUGGGUGAGGUAAGCAACAGGCAGCUGACAUAAACGAGUGAAGCUGGCAGGGUGGAAGGCAGCGGGUGGGUCAGCAGACCAAACACAAAUUGUCUAAGGGUUAUUAGCUCCAGUUGAUUGUUGCCCUGUGGGCAAAUUUACUAUUUUCUUUUAGAGAACCAGGAAGUCCAGCUAUUUCUGUGAAAUCCCCCAAUCUAUUGCUAUCUAAAUAAAGACAUUUUAAAAUAUA